AUGCCUCGAGGACAGCUAAUUCUAAUCGAGGGUCUUGAUCGUUCAGGAAAGUCUACUCAGGCAUCAAUACUCGCGUCAAAAUUUUCCCAAAAUAAACUCAUAAAGUUCCCUAAUCGAUCAACUGCUAUAGGUAAAAUAAUCAAUGAAUAUCUUACAAAUACUGCAUUUCAAUUAAACGACCAGUCCACCCAUUUGUUAUUCCUGGCAAAUAGAUGGGAAUUGAAUCGCGAAAUGCAAGAUCUACUCAACUUGGGCUAUUUUGUCGUCCUAGAUAGGUAUAUCUAUUCAGGAAUAGCUUAUACCUUGGCCAAGAACGAUAUUGAUGAUUCGAGAAUAAGCAGCAGCAGUGGUGGCGGUGAAAACACUAAUCUAGCUGAUAUUGAUUGGUUAUUGGGUCCCGAUAAGGGUUUACCAAAACCCGACCUAACUUUAUUUUUAACAUUGUCAAUGGAGGAGAUAAGCAAGAGGAAAGGUUGGGGUGAAGAAAGAUACGAAUUACAACAGUUUCAAAAUAAAGUGAAACAAUGUUUCUUAAAGGUGUUAAAUAAUACAGAGGAUCCAAGUAUAGAGAUUGUUGAUGUUGGGGCAAAUUCAAUUGACCAAGUUUCUAAUCAAAUUUGGGAUAUAGUUGUAUCCCACGGCGCAAACGUCUUGGUGGAUAAACCAAUAGCUUUCAUAACUUGA